CGUUACCACCACCAUCACGACGAACACACAGAGAAACUUAACAAGAAAGCCCUCGUUCUUCAGCAACUCAUUUACCUCCAUUAUCCAAUCCCUUCGUUGUUUAAUCUCUUUCCGCUCCCCUCCCCCCUCUCUCUAGGGUUUGCGAAAAUUUGACAAAUGGGUAUUGUAAAAGUUGCUGUGAAUGUUAGACCGUUGAGUGAUGAAGAGGUCUUAAAAGGUUGUAAGAAUUGUGUUGCUUUUAUUCCUGGAGAGCCUCAGGUUAAAAUCGGAACACAUUCUUUUACAUUACAUCAUGUUUAUGGAAAUAAGGCUUCUUCCCCGAUUUCGAUUUAUGGUGAUUGUGUGGCUCCAUUGGUUGAUGCUCUCUUUGAUGGCUAUAAUGCAACAGUUCUGGCCCAUGGACAAACUGGAUCAGGCAAGACCUAUACCAUGGGGACCAACUACACUGGAGAUGGAAGUACCGGUGGUAUUAUCCCACAGGUGAUGAAUUCCAUUUUUUCUAAGAUUGAGGAGAAAAAAGAAGCCAAGGAAUUUCUAAUAAGAGUUUCUUUUAUCGAGAUAUUCAGAGAAGAAGUCAUUGAUUUGUUAGAUCCAAAUUCUGGCAAGGGCAAAAGGACUGUGGCAAAGGUAGCUGCAAAAAAGCCUAUCCCAAUUCGAGAACUAGAAGAAGGGCUGUUCACUGUUCCUGAUGCUGCAGCGGUAGAAGUCAGAACAAAACAGCAGAUGGCAUCGUUUUUGUCCCAAGGUUCAUUAAAACGCGCUACUGGAAGUACAAAUAUGAACAGCCAAUCUAGCCGCUCACAUGCCAUCUUUACAAUCUCAAUGGAACAAAGGAGAAGCACGCGUAUCCCUGGUGAUGGUAUCUUGAGUGCGAAGCUACAGUUUGUGGACCUUGCAGGUUCUGGAUCUAUGAAUAAAAGUGGAGCAGAUGGAGAAGGGAUUCCCAUUAAUAAAGGAAUACUGGCUCUUGAACAAGUGAUUAUUGCUUUGGUAGUUAACAAGAAGAGGAAGGAAGGAGGCCAUGUUCCUUACCAUAACAGCAAGUUAACACAAUUACUGAAGGACUCUCUUGAUGGAAAUAUCAAGACAGUGAUGAUUGCUUGUGUGCGUCCGGCUGAUUCAUAUAUCACAGAAACGCUGAACACUUUGACAUGUGCGUAUCUUGCUCGAAACAUUCAGAAUAAGGCAAUUGUAGGGACUGUAAACCAGAGCCAUGAACUUGAGUGCUUGAGAAAAGCUCUUACCCUGGAGAAAAAUCGGAGCAUGGAUAAGUCUGCAGAACUUGAGAGCUUGAAAAAAGCUUUGACCCUAUCUGAGGAACAUAUUGCAAGGGAGAGAAAAUGCAGCAUGGAUAAGUCUGCUGAAAUUGAGCAGUUAAAACUCAAGAUAUCUGUCGCCCAGGGUGAAAUCCGUGAACUGCAUCAAAAUGAUAAGGCCUUGCAAAAAGAGAAUCGCCUGCUAAAGGAUGAACUUCUUCAUAUGAAAUCAAAUGCUUCUCCAUGAGCAGGCUCCAAAGGAGCAUAUUCAACAAGUUGGAAUGCACAUAGAAGCCUCGAGCCACCUACCACACUACCUCAUGUCGAUGAUGACAGUGAUGAUGCGAUGGGAAUGGACGAAACAGUCGAGAGGCAUGAAAAUACGGCUAGAAAGAAAGCUAAGACUCGUAAGCGUAAGAGGCCAUUAUACAAUGUGUGGAAACCAGAUGAGUUCAAAUUAUUAGAGAUACGCGUCCCACAGAUGAAAACGGGUAAGAUACCAUGGGGAAAAAAUACUUUCAAUGGGAGGUUUCCUCAAAGACCGAAAUCCUCGGCAGUUAAAAAGCAAAUGGGAGAGAGAGACUGAAAGGAAGCGACAGCGUACAGAGCAAAGCAAUCCUUGCUGAGGUUAUUUCACUACUACGUAUAACAAUAAGCAAGUCUAGUUGGUAUAGGGUAGAACGCCCGAAAUUUUCUAUAGUCUGGAAUUACAUGUGAGAGUUGCUUUUUGUCAACUGCUGGCGUGGGCUAGUGGAAGAGAUUGGAGUGGAGUUCUGGUUCUAUGCUUCUUAUCCUUUCUUAUCUGGUCAAGGAAAGCUACUGCAUACACUUUUCUGUCUCACCAAUUACUAUUGCGAAAGUCAUCAGCAUGCUACUACAAAUGAUGUUGCAGGUCUUCCUAUUCCUAUAUACCCACAUUGUUUGAGCUCAUAGUUAUCUUUCCUUGAUCAAUUUGAUUACAAAUCAUCUUCAGUAAAAUGUGGACGUGACUUGAAUGUUAGCAAGAGGAAGGACAUGUAUAUAUGAAAUAUGACAUUCUGUUGAAUGUUUAUGUCGACACUUGUUCUAACUUCUGAUGUAGUUCAAAAAUUAGAUCACUGGAGAAACGCAAUUUCUCUAAUUGUCUUUUUUCCA